UCCACCGCCGCGGCCGCCGAGCCAGCGAAGGGGCCAGUGUCCCCUUCUCCACUAUCCCUGCGGGUCGCGCUCUCGGGGCGCUGGCACUGGAUAAGGGGAAGGCACAGGGCUGGGCGAGCGCCCUUCAUCAGCUCUGGCCUAGGGAGCCGGAAAGAAACCCGUGGGGGACGGAGCGUUGUCCCAGGAGCUCUGGAGCACCAGGACCAUGAAUACUCUGAGUAGGAGCCAGGUAGGCCCCGGAUGCAAGGCACAAGCAAUGGUGCAGAAAGGGCCCUUGGACCUGAUCGAGACAGGCAAAGGGCUGAAAGUGCAGACGGACAAACCCCAUCUGGUGAGCUUGGGCAGUGGGCGGCUCAGCACGGCCAUCACCCUUCUGCCGCUGGAGGAAGGUAAAUCUGGAAGGGCGGCCAGGGACAUCUCACUGCAGGGUCCGGGCCUGGCCCCUGAACACUGCUACAUUGAGAACCUUCGGGGCACCCUCACCCUCUACCCUUGUGGCAAUGCCUGUACGGUUGACGGGCUCCCUGUCCGGCAGCCCACCCGGCUCACUCAGGGCUGCAUGUUGUGCCUGGGCCAGUCCACCUUCCUCCGCUUUAACCACCCGGCUGAAGCCAAGUGGAUGAAGAGCAUGAUUCCGGCAGGGGGCCGGGCCCCGGGGCCCCCCUACAGCCCUGGCCCUGCAGAAUCAGAAAGCUUGGUGAAUGGGAACCACACCCCGCAGUGUUCAUCCCGGGGGCCCUCAGCCUGUGCCAGCCACAGCUCCCUGGUGAGCUCUAUUGAGAAGGACCUGCAGGAAAUCAUGGACUCACUGGUGCUAGAGGAGCCCGGAGCUGCUGGAAAGAAGCCUGCUGCAACCUCCCCGCUGUCUCCCAUGGCGAAUGGCGGGCGCUACCUGCUGUCUCCCCCAACCAGCCCUGGGGCCAUGUCUGUGGGCUCCAGCUAUGAGAACACCUCUCCAGCCUUCUCGCCACUCUCCUCACCAGCCAGCAGUGGCAGCUGUGCCAGCCACUCACCCAGCGGGCAGGACCCAGCCCCUGCCAUGCCCCCGCUCGUACCCGCUCGUUCCUCCAGCUACCACCUGGCCCUGCAGCCCCCACAGCCCCGACCUGGCGGAACCCGCUCCUCUGAGAGCCCCCGGCUGGGCAGGAAGGGGGCUCAUGAACGGCCUCCCAGCCCCGGCCUCCGGGGUCUGCUCACAGACAGCCCUGCGGCCACUGUCUUGGCGGAGGCCCGCAGAGCCACCGAGAGCCCCCGGCUCGGUGGGCAGCUCCCCGUGGUGGCCAUCAGCCUGAGUGAAUACCCUGCUUCCGGUGCCCGCAGCCAAGCCGCCAGCAUUCCUAGCAGCCCCAAGCUCCAGCCGCCCGUCCCUGCUCCCCGCAACAAGCUCGGUACACUCCAGGACCGCCCUCCCAGCCCCUUCCACGAGCUGCCAGGCUCCGAGCGGGGGUUGACAGCCAGCCCCUCACGCCAGCUGGUGGCCCGGACAUUUUCAGAUGGGGCAGCCACCCGGACCCUGCAGCCUCCUGAGAGUCCCCGCCUAGGCCGGCGGGGCUUGGACAGCAUGCGAGAGCUCCCUCCCUUGAGCCCCUCUCUCUCCCGGCGGGCUCUCUCCCCCAUGCCUGCCCGGACCACCCCAGAUCCCAAGCUAGCCAGGGAAGUGACAGAGAGCCCCCGACCCCGGCGCUGGGCGGCCCACGGGUCUUCCCCAGAGGACUUCUCCCUGACGCUGGGGGCACGGGGCCGUAGGACACGGAGUCCCUCUCCUACGCUUGGGGACUCUCUGGCACCCCGCAAGGGCAGCUUCAGUGGCAGACUGAGCCCGGCCUAUAGUCUGGGCUCCCUGACUGGGGCUUCACCCCGCCAGAGCCCCCGUGCCCAGAGGAAGCUCUCUAGUGGAGACUUGCGGGUGCCGGUCACUCGGGAGCGGAAAAAUAGCAUCACGGAGAUCAGCGACAAUGAGGACGACCUCCUGGAGUACCACCGGCGGCAGCGCCGAGAGCGGCUCCGGGAGCAGGAGAUGGAGAGACUGGAGCGCCAGCGCCUGGAGACCAUCCUGAACCUGUGUGCAGAGUACAGCCGGGCUGACGGGGGACCCGAGGCUGGGGAACUGCCCAGCAUUAGGGAGGCCACUGCAGCACUGGCCCUGGCAGGCAGGAGGCCCUCACGAGGCCUGGCAGGGGCCGUUGGGGCCUCUGGGCGGAGCAGUGAGGAGCCUGGGGGUGCUACCCAGCGCCUGUGGGAGAGCCUGGAACGCUCAGAUGAAGAGAACCUCAAGGAGGAGUGCAGCAGCACUGAGAGCACCCAGCAGGAGCAUGAAGAGGCGCCGGGCGCCAAGCUCCAGGGAGAGGUGCUGGCCCUGGAAGAGGAGCGCGCUCAGGUCCUGGGGCGCGUGGAGCAGCUCAAGGCGCGCGUGAAGGAGCUGGAGCAGCAGCUGCAGGAGUCGGCCAGAGAGGCUGAAAUGGAGCGCGCCCUGCUGCAGGGGGAGAGGGAGGCUGAGCGCGCGCUGCUGCAGAAGGAGCAGAAGGCUACAGAGCAGCUGCAGGAGAAGCUGGUGACCCUGGAGACGGGCAUCCAGAAAGAGAGGGACAAGGAGGCAGAGGCCCUGGAAACCGAGACCAAACUCUUUGAGGACCUGGAGUUCCAGCAGCUGGAGCAGGAGAGCCGCGCCGAGGAGGAGCGGGAGCUGGCCGGCCAGGGGCUGCUCCGGAGCCAGGCCGAGCUGCUCCGGAGCAUCGCCAAGAGGAAGGAGCGCCUGGCAGUCCUGGAUAGCCAGGCUGGACAGAUCCGGGCUCAAGCUGUGCAAGAGUCAGAGCGCCUGGCCCGGGACAAGAAUGCCUCGCUGCAGCUGCUGCAGAAGGAGAAGGAGAGACUGACUGUGUUGGAAAGAAGGUAUCACUCACUCACAGGGGGCAGGCCCUUCCCGAAGACCACAUCGACCCUCAAAGAGAUGGAGAAGCUGCUGCUCCCUGCUGUAGACUUAGAGCAGUGGUACCAGGAGCUGAUGGCCGGGCUGGGGGCUGGCCUGGCUGCAGCCUCCCCUCGCUCCUCUCCCCCGCCUCUGCCUGCCAAAGCUUCCCGCCAGCUGCAGGUUUACCGCUCCAAGAUGGAUGGUGAAGCCACCAGCCCCCUGCCCCGGACCCGCAGCGGCCCCCUUCCCUCUUCCUCUGGCUCCUCGUCCUCCUCCUCCCAGCUCAGCGUGGCGACCUUGGGCCGAAGCCCCUCCCCGAAGAGUGCCCUGCUUGCCCAGAAUGGCACAGGCAGCCUUCCGCGCAACCUGGCAGCCACGCUGCAGGACAUUGAGACCAAACGCCAGCUGGCCCUGCAGCAGAAGGGGCAGCAGGUGAUCGAGGAGCAGCGGCGGCGACUGGCUGAGCUGAAGCAGAAAGCAGCAGCCGAGGCCCAGUGCCAGUGGGAUGCCCUGCACGGGGCGGCCCCCUUCCCGGCAGGCCCCUCGGGCGGCCCCCCCCUCAUGCACCACUCCAUCCUGCACCACCUGCCGGCCGCCCGGGCGCGCGGGGAGGAGGGCGAGCAUGCCUACGACACCCUGAGCCUGGAGAGCUCGGACAGCAUGGACACCAGCAUCUCCACGGGCGCCAACUCCGCCUGCUCCCCCGACAACAUGUCCGGUACUAGCGGCCUGGACGUGGGCAAGAUCGAGGAGAUGGAGAAGAUGCUGAAGGAAGCUCACGCGGAGAAGAGCCGGCUCAUGGAGUCCAGGGCCAGACCCCUGACCCGCUACCUGCCGAUCCGGAAGGAGGACUUUGACCUGAAGACCCACAUCGAGUCCUCAGGCCACGGCGUUGACACCUGCCUGCACGUGGUGCUCAGCAGCAAGGUCUGCCGCGGCUACUUGGUAAAGAUGGGCGGCAAGAUUAAAUCUUGGAAGAAGCGCUGGUUUGUCUUCGACCGGCUCAAGCGCACCCUGUCCUAUUACGUGGAUAAGCAUGAGACGAAGCUGAAGGGGGUCAUCUACUUCCAGGCCAUCGAGGAGGUGUACUAUGACCACCUGCGCAGCGCUGCCAAGAAGAGGUUUUUCAGCUUCACUAUGGUGACUGAGAGCCCCAACCCAGCCCUCACCUUCUGCGUGAAGACCCACGACCGGCUGUACUACAUGGUGGCGCCGUCUGCGGAGGCCAUGCGCAUCUGGAUGGACGUCAUCGUCACCGGGGCCGAGGGCUACACUCAGUUCCUCAACUGACCCGUGUGGGCUCUGCACCGCUGGCUGCCGGGCCCAGCCCUGCUGUCUGCGUGGGCCUGGAGGCAGCGUGGCGUGCUGGGCCGCUCAGGAGUGCAGUGGGCUUUUGCACAAGACAGCUAGGUAACGACAAGCUCUGAGUUUCUGAGCUCAGGCCCCUCAGAGCCAGCUGGACGUGACACGUGGAGAAAGAGCCCCGACUGGCAGUAACCAUUCAGGGGCCGGGCCAGGGCCGAGGGGCUGCCCCAGACGGGGCAUCUCAGCUCUUACCUGGCGCCUGUGCUCAUUUGUUAAGGACAAGCUAUGGUACCAGAACCUGCCAAAGACCCCCUCCUGCCUCAGCCCCUUUGCCAGGCUUCAGGGCUGAGCAGAGUGCCACCAGUGGGGUGGAAGUGGAAGCACAGGCAGUGUACUUCUCGAACCUCGCUUGACCCUGUUUGUCCCCCGUUUAUGUUUUUUAUUUGCUCAAGGGCCAGAGACCGCCAGUGUCACCCUUGAGGUCCUUGCCCCGCCACCUGUUACAGACCCAGCCCCACGGUCACCACAGUGACCGCUCACUGCCGGGUUCCGUGACAACAGCCGCAGCUGUGGCCCACCGGACAGUGCCUGCCACCAUCUCUCCAGCCUCCAGCCAGCGCUGGGGGCAGGGUCUGGGCCUUGCUCCCUGCCCGGCCUGUAACUCCAGGCCCCGCCAUACAGCCGGCCGGCCCCCAGUCCAACCUUCUCCCUUCCACUUGUGCCUUGCUUAGAGCCAGAAGGGAUGAAACGGGGGAUCUAGAAACCAGAGGAGGAGCGAGGCGAGGGGAGAGGAAGCUGGACUGGCCGACCUCGUUCCCAAUGGGACUGAGGUUCCGACAGGGCCAGAGGGCUGUUCGGAGGCCCCCUGGGGGAAGGCCUGAGCAAGAGGACGCACCAGAGCGGGUGGGCCCCAGUCCAGCAGCCCCGCUUUCAGCCUCAGAAGGGUGACGACAUGGAAAGCAAAGGACCAGGCCCCCAACAUCGGGCCUCCGCCCUUCAUGCCUUAACACUAAGCCCACCUCCCCGCUCUCCUUCCCAGCACUGGGCCACAGUUGCUGGGCCCAGGCUGGGUGUUUUUCAGUAUUUGUAAGCAUCUCAGCAAAACAAUAAAGCAUUUGGAGUAUGUUUGGGAA